CUGAAAGCACUACAGAUGAAACUCUGGAUGGAUAAGAACCUUCAGCUCCCCACAGUAGACCUGCCUGUUGGCCCCCUACUUCCUCCUCACCCCCAGCCAGGCUCCCGUGUCUGGCCUCAAUCAGUUCUUCAUGCCCACCCAAGACAAACCAGAUGUCUCCUCUCCUUGUAGUCUGGGGCCUCUUCCAAAGUGCCACGCCCCAGGCCAUGUUCAUAGAACAUCCAGAUGUGAGAGCUGUGAAGCUCAGCUUGGAUUUUGGAUCCCCAGCAUUUUCUCUACAGCUUGAGGUUUGGAUCCAGCCCAUCUCUGAGGUGUGUUUUCUCAUAAGUUCCCUCAAAUGCUUUGCCGGUGUUGUCCCUGGUGAGGGAGUGGCAACCAGAGCUACAGGGAGAGGGUAACCAAGGGUGCUUGGCCUGGCUACCAGGCCAUGCAAGCUGGAGCUUGGGCUCUUCCAGGUGGGAGAGCUUCUCCUGUUGGCAUAGCUACUGCUGCCUGUGGAGAAGGUUUGAUUAUAUCGACAGGAGAGCUCUCUCUCAUCAGCAUAGAGUAGCUCCAAAUCUUCAAGACACACAAAGGACCUCCAGCAGUUGCAUUGAUUGGGACUGGAAUAUAAAGGGUUAAUAGCUGCAGUACUGAUGUGAGGCCAACCAUCUGCAGGUGUGUAGAUCAGUGGGUGCUGAGUAUCAGGUGGCCAUAAAUAGGAAGGAGGAGGCAGGGGAAGCUUUAGGGCUGAAACUGCAAGAGUAGGUAAACUUACCUUCUCUGUGUGGUAAGAAUGAGAGUACUUUGUCCCUGUAGGAGGAGGCCUCUCCUCUGAGGUGCUUCAGGCACUUUAAAGAUGCUAAGUGAGAGUGCCCCCUUCCAGCACUGCUGGGUGUUGGCAGGAUCUCCAUUGUAUAAAUGGGAAAAGCAAGGCACUGUGAGGAGUACCUGACCUGUGUAGAGUCAACACAAUGAGACAGUAGCAGAAAUGGGAACAGAGCCCAGAAGUCCUAGCUUCAGUUGCCUGCUCUAUUUGCAUUAUGGUACUGAGCUGAAAUUUCAGAGCCGUCUCAGGGAAUAGCUCUUCUUAUUUGUUACCUUCUGAACACAUAUGAACAUGUUAGAAACAGUUGUAAUAAUUUUCCCCCCUUGAUCUUAGGGGUUAAUGCGUUUCAAGUUCCACUGGAGAAUUUCUGAGGUUCUGUCCAUUGUGUCUGUGAUUUUUGCACUCCUUCUGGGGCCCUCCACUGAUGUGCCCUUACCCCUAUGGCCAAGGAGAACCCCUUGGGAUAUCCACCCGGACUCACAUUGACAAGGAGCUGGUUCCAGAACUCAUUCCAUACCCUGAGCAGCAUCUCCCUACUCUAUGAUCUCUCAGCCCAUUACAGUUUUGCCUAGCCAGGUCAGGAUCCUCAACUAUCAUGUACACAUGGGGACAUUGAGGCACCAGAGGGGUUGGGACUUGGUCAAGGUCACACUUGAGUCCGUGACCGUGUUAGUCCUGAUUCCCAGUGUAAACCACAAGUUUAUCCGUCCUCCCUGCAGCCAUGUGUUUCCUUCUGGCCACCCUGUAGUUCCAGUGUUAGAAACCUCAGGGAACCAAGCAGCAGCAACAAAUGCUUUGGACAUCACAUUUCAGAGAAAACAGAGGGAGAAAGAGAGAACCUGCUGCUUUGGUCCUCCUGAAGAACAUGCAGACAGUCAGAAAGGUCAGAAGUUGCACUGUGAGUGAAGACGAGAGCAUACAGAGGUGACGGUAAUGAUCUGGAGGCUGCCUGGUAUCAGAAUGGCUGGAAUCUUCACAGCCAGGUGUUUUGACCAAAGGGAAGCAGCAGCAGGGACUUAGAGCUCCCUCCACUGUCGCUGCCAGAAGUUUUAGCCAAUCAAAUGCACCCUGACAAUAAACUGACCAAUCAUGGAAAGACAGGUAACAGCGGCACCCAGUCUCAGCACCAUAAUGUGAGCCAAGGACCCACCUGCAACCUGGGGUCUAAGGGCGUAGGGGCGGGAAAUCAUGGCAGCAAAGCCAAUCAGAUUUCUCCUGGCAACUCUGGACUGAAAAACAGCCAGAACGCUGUCCCAAACUUUGGGUCUUUGAAGGGCAAAGUGAAACGGGAACGAAGCAUCUCGGUGGACUCAGGAGAGCAGCGGGAAGCCAGCACCCCCUCACUGGACACGGAAUCGAAAGGUGAGGUGGCUCCCCGCAGCAAACGUCGGUGUGUGCUGGAGAGGAAACAGCCAUACAGUGGGGACGAAUGGUGCUCAGGCCCGGACAGCGAGGAGGACGACAAACCCAUCAGCAGCACACACAACUGUAAUGUAGCAGAUCCUGCAAUGUCCACAGCCCCGCAGCUUGGUCCUGGGUCCAACCCGCUGCCGAGCCUGAAUGAGACCAGUUCUUCCAAUGCACCACAUGGCGCUGCUCCUGGCCUGCGGCCCGAUGCUGGGGGCAGUGGAGGUGGUGGCGCCGGAAAGCAGCCUUCCCAGUUUGUUUAUGUCUUCACCACUCACCUUGCUAACACUGCCGCAGAAGCUGUCUUGCAGGGGCGAGCAGACUCCAUCCUGACCUAUCAUCAGCAGAAUGUUCCCCGAGCAAAGCUAGACCAGGCUCCAGCUCCCAAGAUGCUGGGAGUCGCCGAGCAACUGCCAAUUAACCCACCUGCCUCCAGCACUCCGCAGUCCCAGCCCCCAGCAUCGCAGGGCAACCAGGCACAGCCUCAGCCCCCUCCAUCACAGCCCCCUCCACCCCAGAGCAUCAGUCAGCAAGCUCUGCCUGCACCAAGCACCCUACCCCAGGAAGGGACAGGAGAGGACGUUCGGCGGGACUUGACUCCCAACUCCGUGGGAAAUAGCAGCGGCAGCACCCAGCCAGGGAGCAACCACCCCAACACACCCAACGCCUCCACCAACCCGAUGCAGCCCGGGCAGGUGGACUCUUCUAGUGCUUCCAGCUCUAACUUACUGGGGGAUGGUGCCAGCACUGGGGCAGCUGGAAAUGGGCAGGUAGGGCUGGGUCCCAGGAACCCCAUGAACUCGGAGGGGCUCUCUAAGGAGCAGCUGGAGCACCGGGAACGCUCCUUGCAGACCCUGCGGGACAUUGAGCGCCUGCUGCUGCGCAGCAGUGAGGCUGAGCCCUUCCUGAAGUCCAACCAAAGUGCUGGUGAGGGUGGCCCUGCUCCCCAGCCGCAACCCCCACCCACCCAGGCACCCCUCCCGUCUGUGGGAAUGAAGAAGUACGAAGAGCCCCUGCAGUCCAUGAUUUCACAGACGCAGAAUCUGGGGGGCCCCAACUUGGAGCACGAGGUCUCCCACCAUCAAGGUUCUGACAUGGGGCAGCAGAUGAAUAUCAUGAUGCAGCGGCUGAACCAGGACAGCCUGACGCCAGAGCAAGUGGCCUGGAGGAAGCUGCAGGAGGAGUAUUAUGAGGAAAAGCGGCGGAAGGAGGAGCAGAUCAGCAUUCAUGGUCGACCUAUGCAGGAGAUGCUGAUCCCCCAGUCCAUGGGUGGCAUGAUGAUCCGGGGGCCACCACCGCCCUAUCACAGCAAACCUGGGGAGCCGUGGCCUCCAGGCAUGGGCAACCAGCUAAGGGGACCCAUAGAGGUCCAGGACCCCAUGCAGCUGAGGGGAGCGCCCCCGUUCCCGGGGCCAAGGUUCCCUGGAAAUCAGAUGCAGAGGGUCACUGGCUUUGGGGGGAUGCAGAAUGUGCCCAUGGAUGCCCUUGGGCCCAUGAAUGCUAUGCAGCGACCAGUCAGGCCUGGCAUGGGAUGGAAUGAUGAUAUGCCUCCAAUAGGAGGCCCAGGGAACUUUCCACAAGGGAGCCUGCCCUACCCUUCGGGGCAAGGGGACCCUGAGCGGUUCAUGAACCCCCGAGCCAGGGAGGAGAUCCUGAGGCACCAGCUGAUGGAGAAGCGCCCGGUGGUAAUGCAGAGGCCCAUGGGGAUGUCUGGCAGCUCCAUGAGCCAAGGUUUGGAAAUGGAGAGGAUGAUACAGGCUCACAGGCAGAUCGACCCAUCCAUGUUCCCUGGACAGAUGCCAGGAGAGAGCCUAGGUGGCGCACCCAUAGGUAUGGACUUCACGGGUACCCGGGGGAUGUUGAGUCCACCCAUGAGCCAGUCAAGCCUCCGAGACAUGGAUGCACCUAUGGGACCUGGGAACCUCAACAUGAACAUGAAUGUCAACAUGAACAUGAACAUGAACCUCAAUGUCCAGAUGACCCCACAGCAGCAGAUGAUGAUGUCGCAGAAAAUGAGGGGUCCUGACAUGAUAGGCCACCAGGGCAUCAGCCCUGAGGAUCUGGCCAGGGUGAGGGCUCAGAAUGGCAGUGGUGGCACAAUGAUGGGGGGGCCACAGAAGAUGAUGAUCCCCUCACAGUUCCCCAGCCAAGGGCAGCAAGGCUUCUCAGGCACGCAGGGCCCCUAUCCCAGCAUGCCCCAGGAGAUGGGCAGUGCCCCAGACAUGUUCAGCCCUGAACAGGGUGCCAUGUCCAUAGGGAACAUCGGCGGCACCACCAGGCUCAGCCACAUCCCUUUGCCUCCAGCUUCCAAUCCCCCUCCCACCCAAGGGGGCAACCUAGCCAACAUGCACCCGGCAUCCUCACGGGGCCUGGGCCGCAGGCCCUCUGACCUCACCAUCAACAUCACCCAGAUGAACUCCCCUGGCAUGGCCCACCUCAAGUCCCCGACGCUCAGCCAGGUGCACUCACCGCUUGUCCCCUCCCCAUCUGCCAACCUGAAGUCCCCACAGACGCCCUCUCAGAUGGUCAGCAUGCCACCUUCCAACCAGUCCGGGCCCCUGAAGUCGCCCCAGGUGAUGAGCUCCUCCCUCAAUGUCAGGUCUCCCACCAGCUCACCAAGCCGCCUGAAGUCCCCUUCCAUGGCCGUUCCUUCGCCUGGGUGGGUGCCAUCUCCCAAAACCACCUUGCCAAGUCCAGGAGUCAGCCAGAGCAAGCAGCCUAUCGGCAUGAAUUCAUCAGCUUCCAUGGGAGGGCUGGAUCAGGGUUCGCUCCCUCCUGGGCCUAGGAGCAAUUCCUCCGCGCCAGCCAGUAAUCCCUCUAGCACCAUGAAUCCCAACAUACCUUUUACUUCCUCUCCAGAUCCAUCCCCCUCCCAGAACCCCCUCUCGCUGAUGAUGUCACAGAUGUCCAAGUAUGCCAUGCCCAGCUCCACACCACUCUACCACAAUGCCAUCAAAACCAUCGCCACCUCUGAUGAUGAGCUGCUCCCGGACAGGCCUAUGCUCCCACCAGGAAGCAUACCAGGUAUCACAGGAAAUCAGCCAAAUCAACUGCACUUGAACUCAGUGGGGCCUGCAUCCUCACAGAGUCCCAUGGGGAUGAACUUGCCUGGUCAGCAGCCACUCUCCCACGAACCCCCCACUUCCAUGAUGUCCUCGCCGAAUCCCCUGGGCUCCAACAUUCCGAUGCACCCUGGUGCGCAAGGGGCGGGUGUGCCCCCCCAAAACCCCAUGAUGCUGCCUCCAGGACCCCAGGACUCCUUGAACCAGCCCUGUGGCCCUCUGCCAAACAAUUCUCAGAUGAUCCCUUCCAACCAGCUGGUGUUCCCCCGCAUGCAGCAGCCCCACAAUGCCAUGCAGUCUCCAGCUGCGGGUAUGCCUAUGACACCGGGAGGUGGGGGAGGGGCUGGGAUGCAGCAACAUUACCCGCCGGGGAUGCCCUUGCCACCAGAGGACCUUCCCUCCCAGCAGCCUGGCCAGAUGGCCCCCCAGCAGCACAUGAUGGGCAAGAACAUCCCUCCUCGGAUUGGAGAUCCCUACCCCAGUGUGCUUCCAGGUGUGGCUUCAGUGCUGAAUGACCCUGAGCUCAGUGAGGUCAUCCGCCCUACACCCACAGGCAUCCCUGAGUUUGACCUCUCCAGGAUCAUCCCCUCAGAGAAGCCGAGCAGCACCUUGCAGUAUUUCCCCAAGAGUGACAGCCAAGCACCGAAAUCACAGCCUUCCAACCUCCAUCUCAUGAACCUGCAGAACAUGAUGGCUGAGCAGCCACCCACACGGCCAGGCAUGAGCGCCCCCAGCCUUCCAGGGCAGCAGGGCGUGCAGCGGGGACUCAACAUCUCUAUGUGUCACCCUGGACAGGUGUCCAUGCUGGGCAGGACAGGUAUGCCACCCCAGCAAGCCAUGAUGGGGAACAGCAUGCACCAGGGCAUGAUGUCCCCCCAGCAGAGUCUGAUGGCCCAGCAGAAUUUCAUGCUGAUGCAGGCUAAGCAGAGGAGCAUGUCUGUGUCAGGGGAAAUGUACGCCCAGACGGGACAUAUGAUGUCGCCUCAGGGCUCCCUCAUGGGGCCCCCACCUCAGCAGAACCUUAUGGUCACACACCAGAUGAGGCAGAGGAGUGUUUCACUGGACAGCCAAAUGAGCUACAUCUCUGGGCCUGGAAACAUGGCGAACCUGCCUUUCUAAUCAUGUCCUGAGGGGCUGGGGCCGAUUGUAGAAACUUUUUUUUAAACCUUUAUUUGGGUUAGGGUCGGGAGGCUGGGGCCUGUGGGGGUGUGGAGGGGGGAUGUUUUUCAUAUUUGAUUUGCCUCUAUAAGGAAAACCAGAUGUGCAGUAAAAUUGAUGUGAAUCCUUUUUGGGAGGUGGGGGUAUUAUUAUUUUUGAAACCCAAGUGGUGACCGGGGGCUUCCAGACCCUCCGGCAGUUUGUAAAAUCUUCCUUUAUUUUUUCCUCGUAGUAUGGGUUUUCUUUAUUUUUUGUUUUGUUUUAAAGAACAACCAAAAUUUACAAGAUUUUGAAUGAACUGUAAAUAGGGCUGGGAAAGGCAGAAACUUUUGCUGGUUUUAAAUUGUUCUGUAUUUCUGUGUUUUAAUAGAAGCCUCAAUUUUCUGUUUUAAAACAACAAAACUUUAAAAAAAAAAUCAGUGUACAAGGGUUUAAAACUCUUGCACAGGGGGUUCUAGGGCAGCGGGAGAAGGUGUGAGUGGGCAUUGAGAGCCCUCUGCAAAAGAGCCUCUUUGCCAGCCCCACAUCAUUCAUGCAUCAGAACAGUUGUGUGCGGGGAUGGGUGGUUUCGAAGAGGGACUAUGUACACAUCUUAGAUCCUGAUUCUGCAGUCAGACCCUCUGGGCCUGUACUGGGUUCAGGGGUGCACCCAGUCACGUGGAUCCACCUGCAGGAUUGGAGCUGCUGAGAUGUAUCUAAAACAGUGUUGGUUGUGGGAGUCGCUGUUUGGUUGUAGGGAUUGAUAGUGGUCUCUUGUCUGUCUCUGCUACAUGGUGAAACUGCUGGCAGCAUGAGCCAGGAGAGUGCCCAGUUGUUUAGUUUAGGGAAGGGUGGGGGUGUGAUCCCCACCUGUAAGUAACAAGUAACUGGACCAUGAGGCCUCCACCCAAUCAUGUCACUCCCUGCUCCCCUCUUCACCCCCAGAUGCUCUGCGUGAUGUGUGCAUGACACUCUGGAGUGGAGAUAGCAGAAUGAACGCUGGGAUUUCUGACUGGCUGAUUCCGUCCUGUGCUUCCUUGGUGUGUUGUGCAGAGGCCAGGAGGGAACUCAAGAGACACACCCCACAGAGCAUCUCCUACCCCUUGUUGGCUCUGCUCCCGCUUACCCCCUACAUGAGUUCACACAUCUCACCCUGCCACACUAUGCCCCUUGCCUUCUUUACACUCCUUUGCCUCCUAAGUGCGCACAUUUCUGUGAGAGAGCUAGCCUGAUGCAUAAAAGCAGACAUUUUAUGGUAAAGAUACUCCAUUUUCUCGAUCUGAGAAUCCCAGACUCCUCCAUGAAAGGCCCUAUAGGCAGUUGGCCAACAGUUGUAAGGCUACCUUUAUACCCUGAAACCACUGGCAGCAGCCCUGCUCUCUACUAUGGAUGUGCAGCCUGUAGAGAUAUCAGGUCCUUGCAUGCAAUACUCCAUCUGGAUACAAGAGGUCUCCUGCUCAGACUGAGCUGAUGUUUUUCUAAACGAAGCUCUAGUUCAAAGAGUAAUUUAUUCAAGGAAGUUCCAUGGCUUGUGUUAUGCAGGAAGCCAGACUAGAUGAUCACAAUGGUCUCAUCUGGCCUUAGAAUCUAUGCUGGGAGAUGUCUCCUCCACAGGUCAUUCCAUGUUACUCAUAGGAGCAGCUGGGACUUCAUUUCCGCCACCACUCUAGGCUGCUUAAAGCAUACACUGCAAGCACAAAUUUAAUGUGUGUGUGUGGGGGGGGGGGGUUGUGCCCAUGUCUGGCACCCCCCUCCUGCAGAGAGUUCUCCUUGGAGUGUGCUAUGACAGCUUUUUGGAGGAAGGUUGGAGAUAACCCACGUGUACAUGCAGUCUCUGUGGAUUGCAGGAAAAUAUUCUAAAGAGAGGGUGCCCCAUGGUCAUUUAAAUCCAAACCUACCACCAAUUUGAGGAUUAUCUCAGAAAAGCCAGCCUUUUUGUUGCCCCUCUCAUAGCAAACGGGCCCCUUCCCUAAGCACCACAAUGGAGGAGAAAUAAAGCUUCUGCACCGCUGACCAAGAAGUUAAUCUGUUAGCAAAGGCUGCUGAACUCCACCAGCCCAACAGUCUCUUGGGCCAGAUCCCAAUGGGCUGGAACCAAAAAGUUUAGACAGAAACAUUCCCAAGUUUGAGAGUCUUUUGUUGGGAGUGGGGCUGGCUGGGAAGUCUAGAUCCAAACUAAGUACAUAGGUGUUGAGCUCUGGUCUCUUGCUUUGGGCCUGUGUCUAGGGACCCUGAGUAUGGCUCUCAGAACAGCAAUGAGCUAAAACCAGAGCCACUUUUCCAGCUCUGUCCCAUUUGGUAAAAUGGGAACAACCCAUUGCUUUGCCCAUCUCUGUCUGGGACAGUGCCCUGUCGAAGGGCCAAGGAGGAUGUCCCCUCCACCUCCCACUCUCAGUAAGUGCACUCAGGCACCUUGCUUUUUAACCGGGGUGGUUGUUUACCCAUUUCAGAGCCUGGAAGGGUAAAACAAAUCUUCCCUAUUUCUGCCUGAAAGGCCACAUCCAUGUUGCCCCCUGGCAAUGCUUUUGGGGGUGACGCCUGCUAGCAUUUCCCUUGUAAACACUAUUGGGAGUUGCUCAGGACCAGCACAAGCACCAUGCACCACAAAAGCCCCUGGCCCCGUACGCUCGGGCAUUUCACCCCCCACCAUCAAGUCUGUCUAUUUGAAGCCAUAAUAUUCUUUAAAAUAAAAUUCAUCUUUGUCUCCAGGCAGCCAUAGUUUUGGCCCGAGUGAUUAAAAGCUCCAGUGUGUAGACCUCCCACACUUCCCUCUACCCACCUGGUCUAGCUGAGAAAUGUCCUGAGGUGUUGGGUCUCUAUUCUGUCAGCAUUGUCCCCACGAGUCAGAGCCUGCAAGUUGCAAUAUGUCUGCGUGAGGAAAGCCAAUGCGACUGUCUAGAAGAGCGAGAGACAGCUCACAGAUGCAGGUGGGGUGAUGGCACUCCAGGUAACAGAAAGGGAAGGUGACAGCAAUGAUGUUAUUUAUUCCACAUUAGAUUGCAUGGCAGUUGGGAAAGAGCAAGGCCUACAGCCCAACUGCCCUGAAUACAAAAGGGAAAUUCUGGUACUUUGCAAGGCUGUUGGCCCUCCUGGGGCACUUUUUGUUUGGUCUUCAGAGCAGCCAACUGGGAUGUCAUAAUCAACCCCCACUGCCCUAGCAGCCAGUCUUCAUGAUUUCUGAAUCUGGAGGCCGGCAAUGCUGAGUGGUGCCUUUUUUUGCUUCGGGUACCAUCUCCCAAACAGGUCUAGUUCAUCAGCAAUAUGGUGGGAGCCUUUCAGAGGUGAAUGGCAGCCACCCCUUGUUAGGCCUCAGCAGAGCGUUUGCUCUCAGUCACCCUCUGCUGUGCGCUGGUCUCGUCUUGUGGUUUAUUGCUUGAUUUAUUGGCUUGAGUUUUGUGUGCUGACUUCUACCCUAUCAUGGUUACGGAUGCCCCUGUGUUUCUAACUAUGAUAUGUCAAUGUUUUUUCCUGCUCCAAACAAAGGAAAAUAUGUCUUUCCAAUGCAAUUUUAAGCAAUCACAUGUCCAGAAUUAGCUUUCAUGUCAAGGUAACAGUGACUGACCCCCUUUCUCUGUCAUCCCAUGGAGAAACUUCCCCAGUCAUUUUGUACCAUUAUAUAAAUAUAUAUAUAAAAAUAUAAAUAUAUAAAUACAAUAUGUGAAGACAUCUUAUUGGUUUUUAUUUUGAAACAAUUUUUAGGCUUGUUUUUUGGGUAUCUGUGCUGCCUGUAAUGUAUUGACCUGUUUUAUAGGUGCCUUUUUAUUAAAAAGAAAUUUCAAAACCUGAUCCUUG